AAAAAACACAGGAGGAGCUACUAUUUUUUUUACGAUUUUUUUUUAAUUAACAUGUUAAAGCUAAUGUCCAUAGCAACAUGUUUAAGGAUAUAACGGUUGGAGGAGGACGUACAUGAAACAAGUUAGUAUUUGGUUAGCUUAAAUUAAGCUAGCAGAAGAGGGAACUGUAAUAGCCGCCAUUAUGCCCGCAACAACACCGGCUAACUCGGCUUUACCGCCAACAACUCCCUGUUUUCACCGAGCAGCUGAAACACAGAGUAAAAUCAUGCAUGUAAGAUAUUUUCCCAAUAAACUCACUCCUAGAGUCAUUGCCAAACUUUUAAUGGCGUCUCGCUGUUUGGAGAAGGCGUUGUCCACAACAAACAGGACGACACAGCGUCUCUGAGCAUCAAUGAACACCUUCACUUUACUGACAGAGUCAUGGGAUUAAUUCACCCCCAUAUUCAGCAGGCAGCGUCUCCUCCACAAGACACCAAAGGUUUCACCUACACUAGAACAUGCAAUAAAGGAACCAGCUGCUUCAUCAUACUCAUCACUGUGAACACAUACAGUUGGUUCCCCCUGACAUGGCCUCCUCCCCUGAGCUGGAUGCUGACCCCUUACCGCUGCUUCAGCUACAGGAGGUGGACUCCAGCAAAUCCUCAGAGAGGCCAAGCUCCCCGGGAAUGUAUAGCACCUCUGUGGGCAUGGACAGCCACACCAUCUGCAUCCCCUCACCGUACAAGAACAGUAGCCACGAGUACAACCACGGCCAUGGGCCUCUGACCUUCUACAGCCCGUCUGUGCUGAGCUAUGCUAGGCCGCCCAUCACUGACAGCCCGUCAUCUCUGUGCCCCACCCUUAGCCCAUCGGCCUUCUGGCCCUCCCACAGCCACCCCAACAUGCCUUCACUGACUCUGCACUGCCCUCAGCCUCUCGUCUACAAUGAACCCAGCCCACAUGCAACCUGGCUGGAGCCCAAAUCCCACAGCAUCAACGCCAGCAGCUCCAUCAUCAGCAGUAACAAGCUGCUGGCGAAGAGAUCAGGGGACGGAGAGGAAGGCGUGAACUCCUCCUUGUGUUCAUCCGCAGUGGGGAAAGCCGACAUGCACUUCUGCGCCGUGUGCCAUGACUACGCCUCGGGCUACCACUACGGUGUGUGGUCCUGUGAGGGCUGCAAGGCUUUUUUCAAGAGGAGUAUCCAAGGACACAAUGACUACAUCUGCCCCGCCACUAAUCAAUGCACUAUUGACAAGAACCGACGUAAAAGCUGCCAGGCCUGCCGGCUACGUAAAUGCUAUGAAGUGGGCAUGAUGAAGUGCGGUGUAAGGCGUGAACGCUGCAGCUAUCGAGGAGCCCGACACCGCCGUGGUGGACUCCAGCAUCGGGAGCUCACAGGCAAGGGUUUGGCCAGAGUGGGGCCAGGAUCUCAGGCUCAGCGACAUCACCACCUGGAGGCCCCACUCGGCCCUCUCCCUCAGGCCAGCCAUGCACACAAUUUGGUCAUGAGCCCAGAGGAGUUCAUCUCCCGCAUCAUAGAGGCGGAGCCUCCAGAGAUCUACCUCAUGGAGGACAUGCAGAAGCCCUUCACUGAGUCCACCAUGAUGAUGUCCCUAACCAACCUGGCAGACAAGGAGCUGGUUCUCAUGAUCAGCUGGGCGAAAAAGAUCCCUGGCUUCGUAGAGCUGUGUCUAGCUGACCAGAUCCACCUUCUGAAGUGCUGCUGGCUGGAUAUCCUGAUGUUGGGCCUGAUGUGGAGGUCGGUGGAUCAUCCUGGAAAACUCAUCUUCUCUCCAGACUUCAAACUCAGCAGGGAGGAGGGACAGUGUGUGGAGGGCAUCGUGGAGAUUUUCGACAUGCUGCUGGCAGCCACCUCUCGGUUUCGUGAGCUGAAGCUUCAGAGGGAGGAGUACGUCUGUCUGAAGGCAAUGAUUCUCCUUAACUACAAUCUGUGUACGAGCCCCCCCCAGACAGCCGAGGAGCUGGAGAGCAGGAACAAGCUGCUGCGUUUGCUGGACUCCGUGAUCGAUGCUCUGGUCUGGGCCAUUUCCAAACUGGGCCUGUCGACCCAGCAGCAGACUCUGCGCCUUGGACACCUCACCAUGCUGCUCUCCCACAUCCGCCACGUCAGUAACAAAGGCAUGGACCAUCUGUCCUCCAUGAAAAGGAAGAACGUGGUGCUGGUGUACAACCUCCUCCUGGAGAUGCUGGACUCCAGCACGUUCAGCAGCAGUAGUCAACCGUCAUCCUCGCCAAGCUCUGAAUCUUACACUGACCAGCACCAGCACCAUUUUCCCCAACCCCCGUCUCACCUGCAGCCGGGCUCAGAGCAGACCCUCGCUGACCACACCACUGUGCCUCCACAUGAACCUGCCGAAUCCCAGAUGCUGGACAGACACCUGCAGACUCUGCCCCUCCAGUCCUCUCCUCCUUUUCAGAAUUUAGUGUCGGCUCACAUGGACAGCAACGAUUACAGCCAUCCGAGCACUGGUCAGUGGAUACAGGAGACGCAGGUCCAUCAGUGGAACCAGUAGACUACAUCAUGGCUGAUCGAGUUGCCAUGGAAACUGCCUGAGAAGGGUGACAGGACUAAAAAAAGACUUAACUGAGACUGAACCCUUAAUGGCUCUCCGUCCCCCAAAGAUCGAGAAGAGGAAGAAAAACACACAAAAAAAAAGGAUUUUAAAAAGUGCUUUUGUGAGGUAACAUUUUUUUUCUCCUGUCGAGAUGUUUUUAGUCUUUGGGAAAAAAAGUUUUGAUCGAAUGUAUAUUUUGCGUGCGUUAAUAUCUCUUGUGAAUGUGCACUACAGUCGGUGUUCGCGAGGACAUCGCUGAAUCUCUGCCAGUCAGUUCGAGCUCUUUUUUGAUAUACUGUAUUUGUAUCUCGUUUUUCACCUUGGUGUAACGUCAGAACAAACUACAAUCUGCAGUGACUCACAGAAAGGUGCAUGUAGUCAACACGGUUCACAUCCGUUCUCAUAAGGGUUGUUGGUCAUACAGCUAAAAGAAAAAAGGGGGCGGUGUUUUCUAUCACUGUGGUGUUUUUCUCCUUCACUACUUCUGUGUACUUUGGUGUUUUAAUCUGUGCCUGUUCAUCCAGGAUUUUUCUACUCUCUUUGUACAAACUACAAGUUGCAGUGGAGUCAAGACGCAGCAGUUUGUGGCCUUUUAACACGAUGACUGUUAACACUAGCUUUCUUCUCUGUACAUCUGGUUAAACUAAGGCUGGAUUUACACACUGCAUGUGUGGCACAGAUUUAAUCUAGGAAACACACCUCACCUGUUGGUUUGUGGACUGCUCUGAAGCCUCAGUUUGGCAUUUUGGAUGAGCACCUACACCAUUGUCUGUAUCUGUAUCUGUAUCUGUUCCACAGACUAAAUUAUCUGUAUAAUGUACCUGGAAUGGGUGGGGUUAGAACUGGGUGUGGGUGUGGCUUAAAAUGGAAAUGGGUGGGACCAAACCAGAAGUUAUGUUGAGCCUGUAAUUGAUCAGUUGCUACUUCAUUACUAAUUAUUUAUUAGAAAACUACUUACAGAACAAACACAGGAUUGAGCUACCCAUAUAAGGAUUUUCCUUCAUCACUGGUGCAGAUAUUGACACAUUUUACGUACUCGUAGAAAGUACAUUAUCUGUACCGGAUUCACCAAAAAUUUGUUUAAUUUUUUCUCUUAAACCCCCCAUCAUGUAAAUAUAUCAAACAGAUAACAGUACGCUAUAUUUCGUGCCACAACAUCAGCAUUACCUUCCACAUAAUUUGUUACUUUUGAGCCUGCAUGCCCUGCUCUUACGCAUUCUCCCUCCCAAACACAUCAGCCCGUCCGCGUCUGUCGUUUUUCCAGUCUACUUAACAUGAAACCGACUGUGUUCCCAUGGUAACUGGAAAAUAUGACACCUACAGUAGCUUAUACAAUAGCUGUGUGAGGCACUGAAUUUGAUAAAUUUAGUGUUUUUUUAGACCACAAAUUAGAUAAGAAUUAGCUUGUUAGCACACCCCAUGGAACUCUACCAGCAGCAGCACUGGGUCAAACUUGUGUAACAGCAGCAACAGAAAGUUUGCAGAUCAAGCACACAGCACCAACCAUCAACACAGUCAGCAUGGAGACAUCUGAAGUGGUGUUUUGAACAUACCUACCAAAAUUUACGUGAAUGGGCCAGAUGGUGGAGCUGUAAGGCUGACAUUGGAAAGGUUACGCCCCUCACUCAUUGACCCCGAAUAAUUUGAAAUGUGACACACACGUUCAGCUUAAUAGCUCUACAAAAAUGCCUCUUGGACCAUUGGAUGUUCCGCCAUCUUGAAUUGUUGUAAAACCAGUCAGUUGAAUAGAACUUUUGAAAAAUUGUGAGUUUAUCAAUGCGCACCAUAUAUCUUUUGGUGAAUAUACACCUUUCUAUUACAAAUAAGCAAGAUCGAUCAAAUGAUGAAAGAUCGCCAUUAAUGACAAACCUUGGCAAGGGUGGGACUUGGCAGGAAAUAGGCCAUAACUUGAGUGUCCUUUGAGCAGUCCAGAUUAAACGAAUUAGCAGCUUUGCUACAAUCUGGCAUGUUUACAGAGAUGUUUGAUCAACGUUCAUUAAUGUGCACUGUCCGUAUCCAAAUAAACUAAACUAAACUAAACUAAACAUGAUGGACACCGUAAGUACUAACAUCUGAACGUACAGACCGAGUUUCGUUCAUUUCUGAUAAGGGGGUGAGUGGUGAGAUUUUUUGUGCUGUUAUUAAAAUGCUGCUUACAUUGUAAUGGUGGGACAAGUUUGUGAUUGGUCUGACUCCUUCUUUAGACAAAUAAAAAAGCAGAACGUAUUUUGCUCAGCCUUGUGAAGCUAAAAACCUGCUUCCUUCUGUUGGCUGAAAGGGCUUGAACCCUUGGAUUGACGCUUGCGGCUAUAUUAUUAGUUGUUGCUAUUAUUAUUGAAUCCGAAGUACUUACAGAUUUUCUGUGAACAUUCCCUUUUUGUUUUAGGAAUUAGAUUUGCACAUUGGAAGUUUUGUUUUUGCCCUAUUUAACCUAAUUAAACAUGAUGAAAUUAUCAGUGUCCUUCACAUUGAUUUAUGGACUUCCCCAAAUGGAUACCACAUGAACAAAGAGCUGAAUAUAGUCCAGAACUGGCUGGUUUUGUUGUUCUUGGCUUCACAGACACCAGAAACUGUUGGCUUAAACUUUCUGUCCUCUUACACGUUUAAAGCCUUGUGUUUUAUUUGCUAUGGUGGUUUUGAUUAUGUUCUCAUUAACCACACCACUGUUCUCCUGGAGGAAGAAACCAGUCACUUAUUUUGCACCAUCCAAGUUUGAAUCGCUUUGUUUUGAUCGGGCCAAACAAACUGAAAGAGUCGAUCCUUCACAAAAUUGGAUUUGUCCCCCAAACGCAUCAUUUAGGUCCUUUUUGGACGUCUCCUCGAGAGCUGUACCACUUUUCUGCCAAUGUAAAUCCAGCCUCAGUGCCAGAAUGUCCUACUACUGCUGAUAGACAGAUACAUGUUCACUAUCCUUUCUUUCCUGAUGUCUGUAGCUUGUACAUGCAUGCGCACACACACACACACACACACACACACAUAUUCAUAUCUUGUGCAAGUUUCUGCCUGUCCGUUUUGAGCCUGGGUCUUUCUCUAACCCAGCGAUACCGUAAACACACAACCACAAAUCAUGGCAAACACAGUUUAUUGUCAAUCAAAAAAAAGGACAAUCUAUACAUCCCAUAAAUAAGAGUUCACAAAAUAAAUCAAACUUUACACACUUUUUGUUGUUUGUUUCUGUUUUGCUGAGUGUGAGGUGAGGCUGAGAGUAUGUACAAAUCAGGAUCAAACACUGAAGUUCAAAUCAAAUCACACACACUUUUUAACAUUUAGGAUCCAUAAUAAUAACAUUUAAUGAUCUUUGAUUGUGCAUGUACACAGCUACAUUCA